AUGCGGACGCAAAGGCAACUGUGGGCAGCUGCGCUGGAGAUCCCUGCGCCAGUGUCACUGCAGCACAUUGUCCAGAUACAUCUGCGAGAUUGUGGCCAGCCCUGUCCGGCCAGCCGGGCGCCCUGGACGCUAGCCUUCUGGCGGUCAGCCGAUGAGGACGGAGCCCGGCGGCUUGGCUUGAGCCGCUUUCUGCCCGGCUUGUCCUGCCCCCGUUUCGGUAGUAAAAAAAGAGCCCAAAGACCAGGUUCUGCCGCUUGCGAGUCUUGUGUCCGGGAAGAAGAUGGCUCCGUCUCAAGAAGACCCCGCAGGAAAGGUAGGGAUCCAGAAGGGCCAGGCUUGUAUGGUCCCCCUUUCUUCCCCCCCAUUACCUCUUCUUUUGCUUCUUUUCCAGGAAUUGAAGAGCAAGGGGAGGUCGCCUACGAAAAUGUUGAGGGUCCCAGGCCCUUGGAAGGACAGGAGAACCCCAAGGAGAGCAGAGGAUCUGAGCCGUGGGUCAAGAGGACCACCGUCCUGGGCCUUCUGGCCGCCUGCCUCUUCCUCCUGGCCGCCGCCGUGGGACUCGGGGUCCGGUACGGCCAGGUCUCUGGUCAACUCCAGCGGGCAUCCCAAGACCAUGCGGCCAACACCAGCGUCCUGACGCAGAGGGUCAGCGCCCUGAACAGGAGCCUAGCGGAGAUGGAGGUCCACCUGCGCCAGGCCAAAGCAGACCUCAACUCCACCCAAGUGGCCCUUUGGAAGAGCCAUGUGGCCAAAGAAAGGACCAGGAAGCAUCUGGAGAAGAUGGAGGACCAGCUGAAGGAUGCCAACCGCAGCCUGGAUGCCUUAAAGAGGGAGGAGGAGGCAAUGGAGGCCAGGCUUUGCCAGCAGAUCGGCUGCUGCCCUUCAGGAUGGACGCUCUUCCGCUGGAAAUGCCUCUGGGUUUCACAAGAGCUGAAGACUUGGGAGGAAAGCCAAGAGGACUGCAAAGAGAGAGGCUCCCAGCUGAUGCUCCUGAAGGGCCCCUGGGAUGACCGCUGGGGUCUGGAGGGGGCCUUGGGGCAGACGAAUUCUCUGCGCUCAAAUGGACACUGGAUUGGACUUAACAAAGAGAAGAACAAAUGGGUUUUCCGUUGGGUGGAUGGGUCACACUAUGAAGGAACCAAGAAAUUCGGUCGUUCUCCUGACUGCGUAAAAGUGACCCAGGGGAACCUGGUGCAAGAUUCCUGUUCGUAUCGCCGUCGAUUCAUCUGCGAAAGGCCAGCCGGAUCCAUGCGGCCGGACCCAGGCUCCAGACCCUUUUUGGCAGAGAGGCUGGAGGGACCCUAAGGACACUAAGCCCCCCAACCCACCCCCAAGCUGCAGGGCCUUUUUGCGGCAGAAUGCUUCUCCAUGAAACCCCCCCCCAAACUUGGAUGCUAAUGGCUGACAAAGACACACCCCCAUCCCUACCCAGCUUGGUCCACCACUGUUUGCAGAGGGGCUGAAAGUAGCCCUGCGACUCAAUGGGACGUGAUGGAGAUAAUUCCAGGCCACCAGAAGGAGGGCCUCCAAACUGACCUUUCUCUUCCAUCUGCGGAGAAAAAGCAGGAAAGACAGGGAAGAAGCGAGUUAAUGUGGGCUGGACAAUAUAACUGUUACAUGGAUUUGGAAUUGGUUGACUGGCCGAAGCCAAAGGAUGGUCAGCCAUGGCUCCUUUUCAUCCUGGAGAGAAGUGACCAGUGGGGUGUCCAGUGGGGCUCUGUCCUGG